UUCACCUUCUCAAAUCCACAUCCUGACCGUCUAGCCUUGUUUUCCGGCCUUUACCUGGCUCCGACUGCACGUCUGGCAUCCAACUCGACAGUGAUUCCGGUGAACCCUUCAGAACUAGGCUCGGGCUUAUGCAGCAAUUGUGGAGCCCGAUCAACAACUAUCAAUUGCACUUCUAGUAAUUAUGAUGGCAGUAGCAUUGGUGAAGAGAGGGCGACAGGUAGAGUCGGUUUGUCUAGGAGUUCCAACUCACCAGCAGAACACGAAUCGACGCUGACCUCGAAUUCCGAAGCAAUGGGGCUUCGCGUGGCCUUGUCUCGGCUCUCAGAUCAACUUGAAGAGGCACUGCAUGAAUCAGAGGAACAAGCUCGUGAGGCCAACCAGUUUGCGGAUCGUCUACAGGAGUCAGGUGGGCCUAGAGAAAACCUUUUAAGUCACAGUGUUGUCGUCUGGCAGCAGGAGUCGCAUAAUAAUAGGAUUUAA